UGUUUUUCUAACUCUAGUUCAAUCCUACACUGCCGUCUCAACCAAAACAAGGCGCAAGAAAAUCCCCCUCCUGGACGGCAAGUAACCAAGGGUUCCCCCCGCUAUUGGAUUUGAAUUAUUUGGGGUUUGGAGGACUUAAAACAAUCAAUGACAAUCCACAGGAGCCCUUCUGCAACUUUCCCUACUUAAAAACAACAGAAAAAGCAGAUUUAGCAGCAGAUUUACGGUGGUUCAGGAGCGUUGCUGCUAUUACAGAAAUAAUGACAUAAGGGUGUGCAGUGCUAACAUGUGGUGCCUCCAGUCUCACACCCGACUGAAAGCUCAUACACCCCACCGGGACCCUCAGCAGGCUUUUCUGCCUUGACCUCAGACUCCCAGAAACACUCAUAUUCACUCAUAUUCACCUUCUGUCUUCUGUCUGUCCUCAAUUGUCCUCUCCAGAGCUCCUCUCUUCCUUCAUUACUGCAGGCAGGCCUGGAGGUUAAUGUACAAAUGUCUACCUCACGCUUAAAGGUCCUCUCUCUACAACUGCGACCCUGAACACACAACAAAAAUGACCUCCAGCAUAGACCGGGAUGACAGCAGUAUCUUUGAUGGGUUGAUGGAAGAAGAUGAGAAGGACAAAGCAAAAAGAGUUUCUAGAAAUAGGUCGGAGAAGAAGAGGCGAGACCAGUUCAAUGUGCUCAUCAAGGAACUUGGCACCAUGUUGCCGGGCAACACCCGCAAGAUGGACAAGUCUACCAUCCUACAGAAGAGCAUCGACUUCCUGCGCAAGCACAAAGAAAUUGCUGCACAGUCAGAGUCGAGUGAAAUCCGUCAGGACUGGAAGCCGCCCUUCCUUAGCAAUGAGGAGUUCACACAGCUGAUGCUGGAGGCACUAGAUGGCUUCUUUCUGGCCAUUAUGACGGAUGGAAACAUAAUCUACGUCUCAGAAAGUGUCACGUCUUUAUUAGAACAUCUACCUUCUGAUCUUGUGGAUCAGAACCUGUUGAAUUUCCUUCCACUGGGUGAGCAUUCGGAGGUGUAUAAAGCUCUGUCAACACACAUGUUGGAGGGAGAAACCCUCACCCCAGACUACCUAAAGACAAAGAACCAGUUGGAGUUUUGUUGCCACAUGCUCCGGGGCACCAUCGACCCCAAAGAGCCACCCGUUUAUGAAUAUGUCAAGUUCAUCGGAAACUUUAAGUCCCUCAACACUGUGCCUAACUCAACACGAAACGGCUUUGAGGGAGUGAUCCAGCGAUCACUGCGACAUGCGUUUGAAGACCGUGUGUGUUUCAUAGCGACGGUCAGGCUAGCCAAACCUCAGUUUAUCAAGGAAAUGUGUACUGUGGAGGAGCCCAAUGAGGAAUUCACCUCCAGACACAGUUUAGAGUGGAAAUUCCUCUUCUUGGACCACAGGGCGCCUCCUAUCAUUGGUUACCUGCCGUUUGAGGUUCUGGGUACUUCAGGGUACGACUACUAUCAUGUGGACGACCUGGAGACUCUGGCCAAAUGCCACGAACACUUGAUGCAGUAUGGUAAGGGGAAGUCGUGCUAUUACCGUUUUCUGACUAAAGGUCAGCAGUGGAUCUGGCUUCAGACACACUACUACAUCACCUACCACCAGUGGAACUCAAGGCCAGAGUUCAUCGUCUGCACUCACACGGUGGUCAGUUAUGCUGAAGUGAGAGCUGAACAGCGCAGAGAGCUGGGCAUUGAGGAAUCGCCUCCUGAGAUCUCCGCAGACAAGUCUCAGGACUCUGGCUCCGAGUCUCAGUUGAACACCUCCAGCUUGAAGGAGGCGCUAGAGCGAUUCGACCACAGCCGCACACCCUCAGCCUCGUCACGCAGCUCCCGCAAGUCCUCCUCACACACAGCUGUCUCCGACCCCACCUCCACACAGACUAAGCUGCAGACAGAUCGCAGCACACCACCCCGCCAAUCAGUGUCAGCCAUUGAGAUGACAUCACAGCGGAGGUCCUCCAUUAGCAGUCAGUCGAUGAGUUCUCAGACCACAGGGCAGACGAUGGGAACAUCUCUUGUGUCUCAGCCUCAGCAGCCUCAAACACUUCAGGCCACCGUUCAGCCGGUGCUGCAGUUUUCCACACAGAUGGAUGCGAUGCAGCAUCUGAAGGAGCAGCUGGAGCAGCGCACCCGCAUGAUUGAGGCAAACAUCCAGAGACAGCAGGAGGAGCUACGGCAGAUCCAGGACGAGCUGCAGAGGGUUCAAGGACAGGGCUUACAGAUGUUUCUACAACCGAGUGGUGGAGGAUUGAACCUCAGCUCCGUGCAGCUGACACAGAGCUCAUCCGUACAGACAGCAGGCACUCUGUCCAUGCAGGGGGCAGUGGUGCCCACGGGGACCCUGCAGAGCAGCCUGCAGUCCACACACAGCAGCACACAACACACGGUCACACAGCAUUCUCAGCAAACAGUGGUGCAGCAGCAGAACCUGCUCCGAGACCAGAGCGCCAACCUCAAUCAGCAGUCUCAAAGGUCGACUCACACACUGCAGUCUCCUCAAGGAGCUCUGCCUGCAUCUCUAUAUAAUACCAUGAUGAUCUCUCAGCCGACGCAGGCCAAUGUGGUGCAGAUCUCCACGAGCCUGGCCCAAAACAGCAGCACCAGCGGAGCCGCCGUCGCCACCUUCUCACAAGAUCGACAGAUACGGUUCCCUGCCACCCAACAGCUCCUCACUAAGCUAGUAACAGGCCCUAUGGCGUGUGGUGCGGUUAUGGUGCCCACCACCAUGUUCAUGGGGCAGGUGGUGACGGCGUUUGCCCCUCAGCAGGGUCAGCCUCAGACUAUUAGCAUCGCUCAGCAGCCUUCAGCGCAGACGGCCGAUCAGCAGACUCACACACAGACGCAGACACAGGCCGCAGCAACAGCCCAACAGCAGGGACAGAACCAGGCUCAGCUCACACAGCAGCAGACGCAGUUUCUACAGGCCCCACGUCUUUUACAUGGCAACCAGUCUACCCAGCUGAUCCUCCAGGCGGCGUUUCCUCUUCAACAACAAGGCACAUUCACAACCGCAACACAACAACAGCAGCAACUUCACCAACAACAGCAGCAACUUCAGCAGCAGCAACAACUUCAACAGCAGCAGCAACAACAGCAGCAGCAGCUUCAACAACAGCAUCAACAACAACAACAACAGCUUCAACAGCAGCAUCAACAACAGCAGCAGCAACUGGCAGCUCAUCGCUCCGACAGCAUGACGGAGCGCUCCAACCCUCCGCCUCAGUAAAGCGCACCGUCAGGGACACCACCAGACCUCCAUUGAGCGGUCCCGCAGGCUGGAGGGCUUCUGAGGGGGGCGAGAAAGAAAAAUAGCAGUAUUUGUGCUGUACCCUCUCAGAUACCCUUCCACUGCUUAUAGGUGAGGAGCCAGACCUAAACGGGUGUUCGCUCCCGUUCGCUCUCCCACCUAUAGGUUGCUUGCACUGAAUUCUGAGAGAGGCCCGACCACCAACACUGAGCUCUGGUUUUCCGCCAAACACAGUAUCCGCUCUCGUCAUUGUCUCGUCUGCCCGGUGCGUGCCGUCAUCCUUCAUCCGCAGGUUUAAUUUAUGCAGAAGGAGCGCUUCAGGACGUCCUGCAGGACAAACAGCGCCUCGCUCUUUCUCUCAGCCUCUCUCUCUCUUUCUUUCUCCUCCUCUUUCCUUCUCAUUUUACGUGUCGAAGUAAUUAUGGGUCAGAAAAUAUUUUUAAGAAUGUGGAGUGGAUUCAACUUUUAUUGUACAGUUCACCUGUAAAAUAAUGUGUAAAUAUAUGGACAAAAGGAAAGAGAAACUAAUAUUUUAUAUGAUGCAUGAGAUGAAAAGCGUAGUCUGUUAUUUGUAGCUUUGAAUAUUCUUUUUUUCUAAUAUUCAAAGGAAAAAAAGCUAAACUUACUACACGUAAUGGCUGAUCUCUUCACAGACUUCCUUUUUCCAGUGGGAUGGGGUGAGUGUGUGUGUGUGUAUGUGCUUGCGCACAUGUGUUUGUAUGUAUGCGUGUCUGCCAAGCAGGCGAAGCUGGAUCCUCAGAUUGUGUCACAGUUUGUUUAAAACGGCCUUCGUAUUUUAGUAAAUCUGUUAAAGGAACAGGCAAUCUUUAGAUGUUUUGCACCGCGUUAUGCCGUGCAGUACCAUAGUAAAUGCAAAAAAUAGAGAUAUGAAUAUUUCAGAGAGAUGUUUUACAUUUGUAAAUACUUUACAGAGAAGGCUUCAGAUCUAGUCUAUCAUGAGCUUAGGUUAGGCAAACAUAUAGAAAUGGUGCUUUGAGCAUUCACUGCUGAAAGGCAUUCGCUGUUGUGUACCGAUGAUGGUAACGGUACUCUCUUCAACUGGAAAGGAUGCGGGGUUAUGAUGACGAGACAUCUAUUCACAUAGUGUGCAUGAUCUUAAACGAUACAGGUAAAUUAGCUUAAAGCUAAGUUAUAGCUUCCUCUAGUUUUCCAGUGGUUUACAUGGUUGUUUACACUGUUAUACAGUGUUUUAGGUAUGACUCGCUAAGGUUUGAGUAAGAAAUAAACAGUUUAUCAUUUAGAAAUAAUCAAUUAUCACAUAUUUGCACAGUUUCAAUGCAGGAAUACUUUCACUUGCCUUUCUCGGGUUUCCGCUCAAUGACUUUGCAAACUUCUUCCACUCAGCUCUGGUAAAGCAGGAAUGUACAGGUUAACUAGUACCUCUUUGACACUGACUUAGUCACUAGCAACUUUCUAGCUCUUUUUUUGCCCAAAGGACACAACACAAGCCCAGUGUUGACAAUCUCAUUCAGUUUAUCAGCCCCCUGUAGUUGCCAGACUACAAAACAUGCCAGAUUGUAGUAGAUUUGUUUGAUAGUUAAAUGUAACUCUUUAGCUGUGGCUUUAAGAUUCUGCAAUUUUUGAGUUCAUGCUUAUUUAGCAAUACAGUUGAAGUCAGAAUUUAUAACCCCCCUUUGAUUGAUUGAUUUUUUUUCACAAAUGAUGUUCAACAGAGCAAGGAAAUGUUCACAGUAUGUCUGAAAAUAUUGUUUCUUCUGGAGAAAGUCUUAUUGUUUUAUUUUGGCUACAAUAAAAGCAGUUUUUAAGUUUUUUUAUGGUGAAAAUUAUUAGCCCCUUUAAACUAUAUAUUUUUUUCGACAGAACAGUCUACAGAACAAACCAUCGUUAUACAAAAACUUGCCUAAUUACCCUAACCUGCCUAGUUAACCUAAUUAACCUAGUUAAGCCUUUAAAUGUCACUUUAAGCUGUAUAGAAGUGUCUUGAAAAAUAUCCAGUCAAAUAUUAUUUACUGUCAUCAUGACAAAGAUAAAAUAAGUCAGUUAUCAGAAAUGAGUUAUAAAAACUAUUGUUUAGAAAUGUGUUCAAAAAUCUUCUCUCUGUUGAACAGAAAUUGGGGAAAAAUAAACAGGGGGGCUAAUAAUUCUGACUUCAACUGUGUAUAGUCAUUUCUAGGAAUAAAGUCUCUCUCAUUGUUAGUAUUUUUAUUAUUUGUUUUAAUUGUAAAAAGGUUAUCAGCAUUGAUACACUAAAAGUGUAAAACAGCUUGAUUGAUUUAUUUGUCAUUCCCCCCUGCAUGACAUUAGAAUGUGUCCUGGUGAAUUUCACUUUUAUUUAUGAGAAAGAAAACGACGAUCAUAUGCUUUAAAAUGAUGUACAAAAGACUCCCACUAAAGUGUCAUUCAGUGUGAUGAUAGUUUAUUUACCAAAAAUCAUUUGACAUCAUGAAAAGACUCUAUAUUUAAUAGUCUGUUUCCCUCAAACCACUAGUUUUAAUCAUUUAAAUUGUAACAGAAUUUAGUACGAUCACUUCUAUAGUAUGCGGUUUAAUUUUUGUAUAAAUGUUACACUGAAUGGCGAUAGAACAUUAUUUCACGCUUAUUUUUGCAAAUGUUAAACUUAAAAUGAUAAUCUUCCAUUUAAUAUGCUUUAAUAUGCAUAUUUAAAAUAGGUUUUGCUCAUUUUAUUUGAUGUGUCCCAUGAAAUGGAGCAUCUCGCCUUUGUCCCAUAAUUAUAUUCAAUUAUAAUAUGUUUGAGCAACCCUUAAACAUUAUUUGGUUUUGUUCUAAAAGCUGAAAGUCACUUUUAUCAACAGGUAGCACUUAUAAAUGACCCUUUUUUUGUACUUGUUGUUCUGGUUUUGUAAGACAAGACCAUUUUAAUUAGUUAUGUUUAUUACUUUUUAUUGUUAAUGCACUAAAGAGCAAUAUUGCCUUUUCAGGUUAGUACAAGUCGACAGGUGUAGUUCAUUCCAAUAUUCUCCAUAUCAGACCUCACGUAUAGAUGAAAGUGCCCGUCUGAAUGUUCGGUUUUUACGGGAUGUUAAAGCCAAUCGCCUGGAGUGCUGCUCCAAUCACAGUUCACGUUGCAGUAUCCAACCAAUAGCAGAAUGAUCUACAAUAAUGCAGUAUAUAAGCGAACUCAUUCUUCUUUUUCUUCACCCUUCAGGUCGGUGGUGUGGUUUGUGAUGGUCGACCAUUGUAGUGUUGGUUUAAUGGUUUAUGUGGAAUGAGCGAGGCGAGAUUAAUGAUUGAAUGUAAAACUGUCACUAAGCUUUAUAGUAACUUUUAAAGAGGAAUAUAUUGACAAAUUAGAUGCUCUUAUUUUUCUACAUGGAGGUCGGAAGAGAGAAUUUAUGCUAUAGUUGAAGCUUAUUCAAUAGAGUAACCUCAGAUGAAGGAUUUAAACAAACUGUGACGCACUGGAGGACCAGUUCAACUUUCUCCCCAAAAUGCAGUUGGAUUCAGGAACAGGUUCUUUUAGGAGAAUAGGAGAUGCUACAGAUGCUCCUGCUUAUGUUUAUGGGAGGUAUUUGAAGGUAAUACGUUUUGUUUUGUCUUUCUUUUUGUUUUUUAAGAAAGUUCUUGCUUAAAAAGUAUAGGACAUCUAUACAAAUUUAAGAUGGGUCGAUAAAAUGACCUUCUGACGCAUUGUGUAUUCUCUUGCACAGACGUCAGAUGCUGGAUGUUGACACACGUGAUGAUGUUUUGGAGAACAAGGGGCUUUUCUGUUUUCUGCACUGAUUUUUAUUAUGUCAGCCUUUAAGGGACAGUUCAUCCAAAAAUAAAACUCACAACGCAUCCUCAA